CCUAAUUACCCAGCUGAAGGGGCUAUAAAAUAUCUUGGGAGUAGCAAAGAACGCAUUAGUUCAGCCAAAAUGUCUCGAUUAGCGACAGCUUACCAAAGAACGGUUGUGGAAUAUUUUCGAAAAACAAGUCUCAAUGGCUUUGGCCUGCUCUACUUUAUAAGAAAGCGAAGAAUUCAGCGAAUCUUCUGGUUUUUGUUUAUUAGUUUUGGCAUAAUUUUUGCCGGCUAUGCAGUGUUUUCCAUGAUUCUGGAAUUUCUCAGCUACUCAACUUUAGCAGAUCUCUCUGAGUUGAAGGUUUUGGAAGAGGAAAUGGAAUAUCCAAAAUUGAAAAUAUGCAGUGGCUAUAGGCUUAGUCACAGGAAAAUGCUGAACUACGCAGCUGAGUUAGUAAGUUCUGGUAAUAAAUCGGUGGAGUUUUGGCUGAGUAAGUUAGCAUUGAUAGAAGGUUACUUUGAUGAUUUUUCUGUGAAGGAGGAAGAGGUUUUUGGUUUGAAUAGUUUACUGACUGUAAAGAAUAUCACUUCACUUUUACUGAGUUUAACUCCAGCUUGUGAGUCUCUAAUACUUAGAUGUGAAAAAAAUCAAAUUUCUACAAAUUGCACUAACUUAUUCAUACUAGAAGCUGGCAGUCAAGGCAACUGCUGCGUUUUAAGCAAGGAAAACCUCACUGGGGAACUUUCCCUGUUCCUAGACUCCUCCCAAGAAGAUGCAUAUCCCUUGAAAGAUAACCUUCCAGGCUUUAGCUUGCAUGUUCCUAGUUGGCAGGGCAGAAUGAGCCUUAACCCUGGAGAAAGGGCAGCUGUGGAAAUAGAAGUUAUGGAACUUCUGGGAAAUACUCAAUUAGAAGAGUACGCCAUAGGAAAGCGAGGUUGUUAUUUUCCUCAAGAGGGUGAAAGUAGAGAGAAGUGCCUCCAUGAGUGCAGAAUAAAAGCCACGCUAAUUAAUUGCCAGUGUGUGCCAUAUCCAGUUGAGUUUUCCAAGGAAAACUUUAAACAGUGUUCUUUGGAGAAUAUAACUUGUUUGCAGCUGAUAGAGGAGAACUGGUCACCCUCACAGUGUCCCCAAUGUCUGCCUCUCUGCAAUGAACAAAUUUAUAGAUUGAAAAAACAAAUUCAGGGAUAUUUGCAUCCUUGGAGAAGUGAGUUGAGUUUUAAAUUUAAAACACCGCGUCGCCAGCUCUACAAAACAAACAUUCUCUACCAUUGGUAUCAGAUGCUGUCAAACGUUGGCGGCGUUCUGGGCAUUUGCAUUGGCUGCUCUUUCAUCAGCGGCUUCGAGCUGAUCUACUUUAUGGUCUUUCGUUUAUGGUCAAACUAUCUUCGGCAGUCUGAGAUUUAAUUAAGUUAAAUGUUGCACAUACGCCAUGUGGGCAAAUUUGUUGUGAUUUAUCUCGCUGACAACGUGCCACCGACAGCGUAGCAUUAAUCUUGAUGACUUGAAUUGUAACUGAGGCGAAAUAAAUGAGUGACAGUGGAAGGAAAGGACAGUGCUUGGGUGGUGGGUGGCUGGGUGACUUAGCUGGAGUGUGCCGAUCAUCAAGGUUAAGUGGUCUGCUGAGUCCCCUUUUCAUCGUCUCGGCUUGUUCACAGUUCGUCGCCUGGGGGGCCACUUGAUGACUACUGAACGGCAGCGAAAAAGAUACAGAAAAAUGUAUCUUCUUAUAGAGAGACUGGAAGAAAAAUGUUUAUAGAUUAAAGAAGGGCUUUCAAGAUCAAAAAUAGAUAGUUUUAUGACCAAAAAAGCUAAGAAAAAAAAAAUUAAAUAUAUAAGAGAAAGAUUUAUAGAAAGAGAUUUAAGAAAACCUUCAUUUUCUGAUUUCUAUUAGCUGCUACUUUCUCUCAGUGCCCUUGUGCGAGUGUGAAAACCUUUCCCUAAGUGCACUUCAGUGUGCGUUUUACUG